AGCUCCCUACCUCGUUACCCCUAUAGGGCCAGAGUACUCACCUGUAGUCCCACAUCAGAGAAGUUUGACUUUCGGUGGAAAACAUACGAAAAACUGUGGAUCAGGUUAUCCAUCGACGAGAGCCGGGAGUUAUCCUACGCUAACCUAGACGUCAUACUGUCAAUGAUAAAGCUCCAGGGUCUCAAAUACAAACACCUUGGUCUUGGCAUUGUCACCGAUUUUUACGAGCGAUUUAUGAGCAAGGCAAAAAAUUAUUUGCCCACCGCGUAUUUGGUGCUGGACACCUACCAGCCCCACAAUGUUACCAAUAAGAGACUAUUUUAUUGUAUGCUCGGGAUCACUUUUGAGGAGUAUAGGUGGAUGGGCGAGAAACUGGAUGUUAGCCGUAAAAAUGUCAUCGAAGUGACCGACACCAAAAGUAACCUCGCUAAAGAGUUAAUGAAUAUACAAGGUAAUAUACUGCGAAACGUUAUGUGGGCCUCGGAUUACAUACGAAAUAAAAAGUCGAAUAACUUGUGGGGAGCUAUUCAUAUAAUUGUUCACGAUAUAAUUCUGGAUCAAUUUACGAUUUUAAACAAUGACCUGGAUAAAAUUCCCAGUGGUGAGUUAAAGGCUAAGGCAUUGCAAGAAUUUAUUGAUGAGCUUGUCACCUGUAGUCCCACAACCGAUAAGAUGGACUUCCGGUGGAAGACCUUAAAAGUGUGGGACAAGGCGUCCAUCGACGAGACCCAGGAGUUAAGCAACGCUAACAUCGACGUAAUCAUAGCUAUGAUGCGACUCCAGGGCCUCAAAUACAGACUCCAGGGGCUGGACAUUGUCGACCGAUUUUAUCAACGUUUCAUAACUAGAGCCACAAAAUAUAUGCCUACCGCAUUUUCAGUCAUAGAUGCCUACCAGCCCCAUAACGCCACCAUACGCAAAAUGAACUACUAUAUGCUCGGGAUCAGUUUUGAGGAGUAUCGAUGGAUGGGCGAGAAACUGGAUGUUAAACGCAAAAAUGUGCUCGAGGUCAGGGAUACUGAAAAGAACCUGGUUCAAAAAUUAGAUAAUAUACAGAAACAGAUACUUAAGACUAUUUUGUGGGCCUCUGAUUAUAUACGCAAAAAGGGUGAUACGUUUUGGGGGUCAUUGCAUAUAUUGUUUCAUGAUUUGGUUGAGACUGAGUUUACUGAGCUCAAUAAUGAGCUUGCUCAAAUGUCUAAUGGAGAGUUGAAAGCUAAGGCACUGCAA